UGCAGAGUCCCAGUUGUGAAGCUGUCUGUGCUGUACUGGGGACAAGUGGGACUUGUUAAAAGCAGACACGUUCUUGAUUUCUUCAGAAGUAAAGAAGCAGAAAAGGAGACGUUCUGUUCUUUGAAAAUAACUGGAACCACUGGCAAGAAGCAGCAACACUGUGCAUCAAACAAGGAAAGCAUUUCCAGGUGAUCGAAACAUGCUGUUGAACUGAAUUUUGCAGCUGCAUUUUCAAAUGUACCAUGGGAUGCAUCAAAUCCAAGGAUGCCUUUCCAGGUUCAAAUGCUAUCCAGGAUGAAAGGAUCAGGGAAGGUCAUGAAGGAUGCACCGGGGAGAAAUCAUCACUGAUAGCAGUGAAGGUGGAUGAGAAAGGUCCAUCAAGCACCAUAGUGCUAGACUAUGCACACCGUCUCUCCCGUGAGAUUCUUGAUCAGGCGGUGAAACAGUGGGCAGUGACUGAAAGCAAAUAUAGCGACAUCCCUUAUAUUGAAAGUGAUGUGCCCUGACCCCCGACUAGCAAGGACUGUCUUCACAGUGAGUGUCCUGUCUGUUAAGCAGUUUGUAUUUGGUACUAGUGCAAAUAAAGUAAAAUCAGCUGUGAUUUGAGCACAAUGCCACUAUAUGAAUGAGUUUGCAAGGAGUGGCUGAAAAAACCUGCCUUUUAAUCUAUAUUGCUAAGAAACUAAUUGGAUUACAG